AUGUAUCAUCAGAUAUCUAAUGCCACUGAGAAACUCCAGGGAGCGGUCCAACAAAUAGAAAGUCAUCAUGGUGAGAUCGUUUUAUUCGGUAUGCAGCCAGAAUUGUUGCGACAUGCCCUGCCAGCAUGGAGAAAAAAUGGCAAAAAGAUUCAGCAAGAGGCCGAUACUCUCUGGCGCAUUUUCGAGGCCGCAGUCUCGGAUGACACGUUUUCCAGGACAAUCUGCGUUCUUGAUGCUCUGGACGAAUGUCGGCCAACCCGACCAAAUUGGGCAAAGUUCCUGGUUACUAGCCGUCCAUACUUAGAAAUACAGGAAGGUUUCCAUUCAGCCACGAAAUCAUUUCCCCGGAUCCAUAUUCGCGGAGAGGAGGAGAAUGAACAAAUUAAUGAAGAAAUCAAUCUCAUCGUUAAGUUACGAGUAAAGGAACUCGGUCAAAUCGAAGGGCUGGAGACGCAAACGCUUCUACGAAUAGAGAAACAACUUCUCCAAAUGGAACAUCGAACUUACCUCUGGUUACAAUUGGCCAUGGAUGAUAUUCGCAUCAUGCUGCGAGAUAGCCUUCGUCCGGAAGAAGAAAUGAUUCAACUAAUUCCCAGCUCCGUUGACGCCGCAUACGAGAAGAUUUUAAGCCGCGCCCCGCCAGCCAGACAAGUAGAGGUCAAAAUGAUCCUACAGAUUAUUGUUGGUGCGAGGCGUCCGCUGAAGAUUGAGGAAAUGGCGGUAGCAUUGGGGGUUGGCUUAAAAUUAGCCAGCUCGGCCGAUUUACGAUCCGCAGCCACAUCUGGGCUGAAAGCGGAGGGCUUGGCUGAGAAGAUUCGUCAUUUAUGUGGACUUUUCGUGUUUAUUGACAAGUCGAAGAGGAUUUUUUUGAUACAUCAGACGGCAAGAGAAUUUUUGAUCAACAUCUCAACAAAUGAUGAGAGAAUUCCGGCCACACCAAGUCUUCAAUUUAAAGAAGUGGUUUCAGAUCGAGUUUGUCUGGCGUAUCUAAGCGCAGUGGGACUUAACAAAGACAGACGGCCAGUGUUUCGCAAAAACAAUAAUGGACAUUUGGAAGAGGAUGAACACGAAGUGCUCCGGUAUUUUUCUCAGUUAUUAUUCCGGGAUUAUUCUUCGAAUGAAUGGGGAAAUCAUGCAGUUGCAAGUUCCUCAGGUCCGCCAAAAGAUCUAUUGGACCUGGCCAUUGAGCUUAAUUUUGCGCCCAGUGUACGAGACUUGUGGUUAAUACAGGCCGCUGAAAAUGGUCAAAAGCAUAUAAUCAAGAUGCUACUCGAUAACGGCGCUGACGUCAAUGCUCGAGGUCCAGACGACCAGGCGCCUCUAUGGUGGGCGGCCUGGGGAGGGCAAAAGGAAAUUGCCCUAUUGCUACUUGAUAAUGGUGCCAAUAUCGAAAUUGUGGACUUUUGGGGACAGACGCCGCUUUGGAUUGCCGCCGAGAUGGGACAAGCAAACCUGGUAGAGCUUCUUGUUACAAAGGGUGCUGAUAUUAAUACUACUGGUGGGUUUGAAGGCAGGACAGUAGUCCAGGAGGCUGUUUCUUCCAAUGAAGAAUCUAUGGUGAAACUGCUUAUUGAGUUGGGCGCUGAUAUUAAUGCAACGGCUGGGGGAAGUCGUAUGACGGCGCUCCAAGAGGCUGUCAUUCUGAAUCUGGAACCCAUGGUGAAGCUGUUAAUCGAGUUGGGUGCUGACGUUGAUGCUAAGGGUAGCAAAUGGGUGACACCGCUCUCACAGGCUGUUGGAAUCGGGCGAGAAAAUAUGGUCAAGCUGCUAGUUGAAUUGGGCGCUGAUAUCGAGGCCAAAAAUGGUGAAUGGGGGUUGACACCACUCUCACUGGCCGCUUAUACCAACCAGGGAGGGAUGGUGAAGCUGCUCAUCGAAUUACGUGCUGAUAUUGAGUCUAAAGAUGAACGAUAUGGCGUGCCACCUCUCUGGUGGGCAGUUUUGGCGUGCCACGAGGACAUUGUCAGGACAAUACUCUCAUGGGCCGCUCGCCGCGGUGGGCGAAGAAAAGGCCGUGGUGGGCGAGAAAGAAUGGUGAAGCUGCUGGUCGAGCUAGGCUGUACAUAUGGUCGAAAACGACGACCACUAAGAUAUUCCUGA